AGAGCUACCUCCUGGGAUUCCAAGCUCAGUAGUGUUCUGUGUGAAUGAGGAGUGGAUACUGAACGCAACACUACACCAUAGCUCUAUGACAGGAUUGGACACAGAGAACACCCCUACACCACAGCUCCAUCUACAGAAUAUGACAGCCAGCGACUUCCAGCUGAACUCUGAUUCACAGAGGUCGACGCCUCCCUCAAGAUGCAGGGGCCCCUUCAACAGCAUCAAGUUAUUUGUGCUGUGCCAUGGCAUGCUCCAGCUGGCCCAGCUGUUGGUGUCUGGAUAUCUGAAGAGCUCCAUCUCCACCAUAGAGAGACGCUAUGGCUUCUCCAGCCAGAAGUCUGGCAUCUUGGCAUCCUUCAAUGAGGUGGGGAACAUAGUCCUGAUAGUGUUUGUUAGUUUCUUUGGUAGCCGUGUCCACAGACCACGGUUCAUUGGUGGAGGGGCACUGUUGGUCAGUCUGGCUGCUCUGAUAAUGGCCAUGUCUCAUUUCAUCAGUGGCCCCUACAAGUACACAGACCACAUCAGCGAAUCCAAGGAUGACGACUCUGGCCUCUGCCAAUUUGAGAGCUCUUUCCAAUCACCCUUGUCCAAUCAUAGCUGCACUCAGCAGGAGAGUCACUCCCAGCAGGGAGUAUUUCCACUCCUGCUCCUAGGACAGCUACUCCUGGGAAUCGGCGGUGUUCCCAUUCAACCCUUCGGAAUCUCCUACAUUGAUGACUAUGCCAGCAAGAGGAACUCUCCUCUCUACCUCGGCAUCCUCCUGGCUGUCACGUCUAUUGGUCCUGCUUUUGGCUUUAUGAUGGGCUCCUUCAUGUUGCGCUUUUAUGUCGACAUCGACAAGAUGUCCAAAGAUCAGAUAGGUCUGGAGCGAAGAGACCCUCGCUGGGUGGGAGCCUGGUGGCUAGGCUUCUUGGUGGCAGCCUCCUUCCUCUUCCUCACCUCCCUGCCCUACCUCUUCUUCCCCCGGCAGAUGCCCAAAGAGGAAACUGGAAGCGAUGCCACAGAGCUCAGAGAGGAAGAGGAAAAGAAACCACUGCCAGACCCGGUCCUGGAACUCACCCUCACACAGUUUCUCAAAAGUUUCCCCCGUAUCGCCCUGCGGACGCUGCGGAACCCCAUCUACCUGUUGGUGGUGCUGGCACAGGUCCACCUGGCAGCGAUGGUAGCCGGCCUCGCCACCUUUAUGGCCAAGUUCAUAGAGCGCCAGUUCACCCAGACUGCCUCCUUCUCCAACAUGAUGAUCGGUGGGGUGAGCAUCCCUCUAGCAGUGCUGGGCAUCGUGCUAGGUGGGGCUCUGAUGAGGAGGCUGAGUAUUUCUACUAGAGGCUCCGCCCUCAUGUGCACGGCAGCCAUCUUGAUGUGUAUGCUCACCGCUCUGCCUCUACUCCUCCUCGGCUGCUCCACACAGAGUGUCACUGGCGUCUACCCCACCACACAGAAUGGUUCCUUGGGGUGUAGCGCUGGGUGCUCCUGUCCGACCGAGACUUUUAACCCAGUGUGUGGCUCAGACGGGGUGGAGUUCAUAUCACCCUGUCAUGCAGGUUGCAUGACCAAAGUAAAGGACAACAACACCAUCAAAGUCCUGAACUACACAAACUGUGGCUGUAUCAACGGGUCCCAUGCAUUGCCGGGGACAUGCGGUAGCAACUGUGAACACCUCCUCUUGCCCUUUAUGGUUCUCUCUGCCCUCACCUGCUUCAUCGCAUCCUUCUCACAGACGCCAUCAUACAUGAUGAUACUGAGGACAGUGAGAACAGAGGAUAAGUCUUUUGCUGUGGGAGUUCAGUACAUGCUCUUCAGAAUGCUGGCAUUCCUGCCAGCCCCAGUCCUGUAUGGCAUUGCCAUAGACACCACCUGUAUCCUCUGGGGGAAGAAGUGUGGGAGGAACACAUCAUGUCACUACUACAACAUGGACCUCUUCAGACAGAGGUUCCUGGGACUGCAGGUGUUGUUUGUUUGCGGAGCGUUCAUCUGCUUCCUGCUCUCUCUCCUCAUCCUGAGACAUAGGGCAGGACAACAAGGCCAGCAGGCGGAACAGAGAUACACUGUGGUGAACGGAGUAAAGAGUCCCGACAACAACACCGCCUCCAAAGAACUGCAGAGGAUGCCAGCAUGAGAGAGGACUGAGAAAGAUAAUUGAACUGAAUUACAAGCUGGGUAGACAGAGAAGAAAAAUGUAUCCAUCUAAUUCUCUAGAGAAUCAUGAUGAAGGCUACAGAGAUGAGAAGCGCUCCGUGGGCAUCUUUCUCAGGGAGAGUCCAUCUCUUACUUUGUGUCCUCUAUUUUGUCCAUGGGAGGACCUGUUUCUCUCUCUCCUCCCGUUGGCCAAUGAGGAGUGUUUAAAUAUCUCUACACUAUUACUGCUCCCAAAUUGCCAGUGCUGUAUCUGAGCCAUGGUAACAUAGCGUGUCAUUCCCUGGAACCAGUCUGAGGGCUCCCCUUUCCACUGAUACAUGGUCAAAUAUUUUUCCAUCUCUCUUAUGCUUAAGGGUAGGACAAGGGGAGGGUAACCUGUAAACUGAUCCUAGAUCUCUAGACAUUUUUUUAUAGUAGAAUUUUAUUGUCAUAUCCACCGAUUAGGUGCAGUGAAAUGUGUUGUUUUACAGGGUCAGCCAUAUUAGUACGCCGUCCCUGGAGCAAAUUCAGGUGCCUUUCUAAAGGGCACAUUGACAGAAUUUUCACCUUGUCGACUCGAGCCACCAGACCAAAGCGAUCAGACCAAAGACAGCAUUAGAAAACCAAACUCCCACUAAGCCAAUACUCUUCAGGUGUUGGUUGUUUUUAGAAAACAUGUAUAUACCCUAAAUUUUGCUUUGUUUUUUAAAAUGUUUUUUGGGCCUUUGUAAACAAUAUAAAAUGGUGAAUUUAUACUUUCAAAGAAAAGGAUCAUUAUAGAUUCAGUAAGCAAGCGCCUUACAUUUAUACAACUCUAAUAAGAUAUAAUGCUUUGAAUCUUAUCAUGUGAAACAAUGUAAAUGUUUUUACGUACAGUUUACAGUAUUCUUACAAUUCUUGUCAGUGGGAUUUUUAUUUGAUGGACAUUUAUGCACAAUGCAUCUGUUUCUCUGUUGCUCUUGUCAUGUAAUGAGUUAUGGUAGGUAAGCAUAGAUGUGGUAACGCAGAUGUUCCAUUAACCAGAUUGAAGCACAUUCAACAAGUCUGAUCUAACAAAGUGGAUAUUGGUCAAAUUUGUCAUGAUUUUGGUGUUGUAACAGACCCACAAUGUGGUUACUUAUGUCCGAUUUUGAUAUAUUUGGCUGUUUUCGUUGCAAAUCUUUUCAGGUUUAGAUGAAGUGACUGCUAAAUGCUAACUGCUAUUUGUAUAAGCUGGUUAGCAUACAGAAAUCGUUGAUGGUAGUCAAAGUCGUUUACAACUGUAAUGCAUUUUAUUGGUGCCAAUGAAGAUAUGAACAUGUGUUGGGGUUGACAUCCAUACCAGCAUUAUACUCUGAUUUUGACCUCAACAGUGUGAAAUACACAUAUAAACAAUAGCCUAAAUGUAGGAUCAUUUUGCUGUGGGGCAAAGAGGAGACUCGAGAUCUUCCCCCGCGCGUUUCCAUGGUAAUUACAUUGUUUUGGUUGAGGUCAAUUGACCUCAUUAUCACGUCUAUUGUGAGUUUAAAGUUCCUUUCCAAACAGGGAAGAAAUCAUGCAUGUUAUAAACUACUGUGAACCCUUGUGACAUGGAAGAGGGUAUUGUUCUUUCAGAGAGGAGUUAGAGGAGGGAGUUAAAGGUGGAGGGAGGAUGUUGUGAUAACUGAACCAUGAUUUUCUAACUGCCAUCAUGAGUGAUGACACACCAGCUUAAUAAACUCUAUCAGCAGACA